AUGUGCAUACAAACUGCCUCAGUAGGACCUCUCCCAUGCAAAUGCAGUCGUCUAGAACAUGAACAUGAACAUGAAGAACAUCCUUAUUAUUAUUAUAACAAUAUGUUUGAUCCUUUCAUUCCCAAAACCCACAAACUGAUCGACUUCUCUCUCUCGCUAGCAGUUCGAGAAGCCAAAUCUAUAUUACAAAUAGCCUUCCCCAUGAUCCUAACCGGUCUCCUUCUCUAUUCCCGCUCCAUGAUCUCCAUGCUCUUCCUCGGCCGACUCGGCGACCUAGCCCUGGCCGGCGGUUCACUCGCUCUAGGCUUCGCAAACAUCACCGGCUACUCCAUUCUCUCCGGCCUCGCCAUGGGAAUGGAACCCAUAUGCGUCCAAGCAUUCGGCGCCAACAAAUUCUCUCUACUCGCCAUUUCUCUACAAAGAACCGUUCUUCUCCUCCUCUUUACUUCCAUCCCAAUCGCAUUUCUCUGGUUUAAUAUCAAGACUAUCCUUUUAUUCUUCGGCCAAAAUGAAUCCAUUGCCAUUGAAGCUCAAUCUUACCUUCUCUUCUCCUUUCCUGACUUGUUUGCUCAAUCUCUUCUCCACCCAUUACGAAUUUAUCUCCGUUCACAGUCCAUCACUCUUCCUCUCACGUUCUGCGCUUCCAUGGCGACCAUCCUCCACCUACCGAUUAACUAUUUGCUUGUAUUUCAUCUCGGAAUGGGUACAAGAGGAGUCGCUGUGAGCUCUGUUCUAUUUAAUUUCAACAUGGUUGGAUUCUUAAUACUGUAUUUAAUAAUCUCGGGCGUUUACGAGAAGACAUGGACGGGAGGACUGUCAAUGCAAUGCUUUAACUUUAAAGAAUGGAAGUCACUGCUCUGUUUUUCUCUCCCGAGCUGUAUUUCUGUUUGUUUAGAAUGGUGGUGGUACGAAAUCAUGAUUCUUUUAUGUGGGUUGUUAUCGAAUCCCGAGGUAACCGUGGCAUCAAUGGGGAUUUUGAUUCAAACGACCUCUUUGAUAUAUAUAUUCCCGUCUUCUCUGAGUUUCAGCGUGUCAACUCGAGUUGGAAAUGAGCUGGGCGCCGGAGAACCGGUGAAGGCGAGAAGGGCAGCUAAUGUUGGAAUUUGUUGUAGUAUUGUGAUGGGAUUGGUUGCUCUGUUUUUCACGACGAUGGUGAGGGGUGUAUGGGCGAGGAUGUUUACAAGUGACGGGGAAAUAGUGGCGUUGACGGCUAUGGUUCUGCCUAUAAUUGGGAUUUGUGAAUUGGGAAAUUGUCCACAGACGACGGGAUGUGGGGUGUUGAGAGGGACGGCGAGGCCGGCGGUGGGAGCGAAUAUAAACUUGGGGUGUUUUUAUGGUGUGGGUAUGCCGGUGGCGGUUGGAUUAGGGUUCUUUUUGGGAUUUGAGUUUGAAGGGUUGUGGUUGGGGCUUUUGGCGGCGGAGUUGUCGUGUGCGGUUGUUAUGUUGUUGGUUUUGUGGCGGACAGAUUGGGAGCUUGAAAUGGGUAGAGCAAGAGAACUUAUUGGAGAGAGAAGUGGGGAGAUUCAUGAUGAGAAAGUUGAUUAUAAGGAAUCAACAAGGAUCGAAGAAGAAGAAGAAGAAGGUUAUGUCAAGGAAUAUUCUUCUUCUUGUUCUGAUUUAGUCUAG